UGGCAUGAUGAGGAUAUCAAUAGUGUUGGAGCCUUAAUGACGCGGUUAUCAUCGGAUGCAUCAGCACUAGAGGGGACGAGGCCGACAUUACUGAAAGGGUCAGAUAUUUUAUCGACACAGUCAAGAGUUGCUAUUAAGACAAACUCGUCUGCUACAUAG